CAGAACUCAGGAGUCUUGCUGCAACAUUCCUAACAGAAUAGUUGGGUUGGUUGGAUCCCUGGAGGCAGUGACAGAUCAGAAGACCCUGAAGACCUGGUCUACAUCUAAUUCAAAGCCGCUGAAGCUGCAGACAGAAUGAAGAGCGAAGAACAACAGGUCAAGAAUAUGGAGGAGACUUGCAGGCAGGACGCGGCCGCCAAACAGGCCUCCAACGAAGUUGCUGCCCAGGCCUUCGUACCCAUGCCUCCUGGCCAGUUGGGGGCACCAUACUCUGAGCUCUGGGGCUACUUUCAUUUAGCUCCUGCUCGCCAGGACCUUGAGGAGGGCCCCUGGGCAACAUGCAGGCUGUGUGGAGAGCAGGUGAGCCGAGGCUGGAGCUUCCACGCUAGCACCCCUGAGCUGUGGAAGCACCUGAAGAACGUGCACCAGCGGGACCUGGAGAAGAGUGGCUCUCGCCUUUCACAGCCUUCCCCGCCAGGCCCUCCUAGCCAGCAGCCAGUGCCACCACAGUCACCACUACCGCAAGCGCAGCCGGGCCCUGGCCUCACGGCCGAGGGCGACUGGGCGCGCCUGUUGGAGCAGAUGAGUGCUCUGGUUCUGCGCUGCAGCCUACGUGAGCGGGAGCUAGCACGGCGAGAGGCUGCCGUGGAGCAGGCCGAGCGCGCCCUGGAGCUCCGUCGCAGGGCCCUGCAGGCCGAGGAGUGCGCAGCAGAUGUGGCACGGAGGGAGCUGCAGGCCGAUAGGGAGCUGCUGCAAGCACGGCUGCGGGAAGUGAGUCGCCGGGAAUGUGCCCUAGCCCUAGCUGCUGAUCCGAAGCAGGGCACAUUCAAAGAAGAGCCCGAGAGCGAGGAGGACAGCUAUCUGAUCACAAAGGUCUUCCUGUAGGCUUCGGACAGGCCCUACAACCCAUGUGGUUCCAUCUCCAGCU